AUGCUACACGCUAGUGGAACAAUUGGCCCACUUUCCAACAAUUCUUCAACUUACUUCAAAUGUGAUGCAGAUCCAUUUAAAGACUUGCCUUCAUUUGACGCUGCUGCUUAUAUAAGCCGAGUUACAUUUGCCACCAUUUUGGCCAUUCUCAUUCUUCCUACAAUAUUUCUCAAUAUCACGAUACUUAUUGCAAUCAUUAAAAAUAGGACCUUAUGGCGUUCAUCGCAUAUUCUCAUUGGAUUUUUGGCUGUUACGGAUGCACUGGUCGGAGCAUUUUCAAUGCCACUCUUAUUAUCCACCGUUUUGAUAGAAAUAAUCUACGGAAGAAGUUCAUAUUAUAAACAAGUAUACUGUAUACUUAGUCAGGCUGCUCUGAACGCUGGAGACUUGGGUAUCGGUUGGUCAUUUAUAACGAUAGCAUUGAUUACGUUCGAAAGAUAUGUUGCAAUUUUCGCGCCAUUUUGGUACCGGAAGUAUGUUCGAACAUCGGUUGUGGUCAAAACAACUCUCGUUACUUGGGUCAUUUGGGCAGCGGCAGUCGUAAUACUCAUCCUAAACAUCACGUUAGAGUUUGCAGUUGGUGUCGUGAUAUUAAUUUUGGUCGUAACCGUUUACGUCCUUGCAGUGCCGGCGUAUAUCCGUAUUUUAUAUCUUUUAAAGAAAAUUGAAUCAAGUCCGAUACGAGAGACUGACAGUCGACCAACAAUAGAUCGUAAAGGCAGCAUAACAUGUGCUAUAAUGUUACUCUGUUUAAUACUCUGCUAUACGCCUUUGAUAGUGGUAUCUCUUGUACUUGUUACCAAAGGAGUGUCGAAAACAGUGCUCACAUAUAUACUACCGUGGGCAAGGUUGGUGGUGCUUGCAAACUCCUUUUUCAAUCCCAUUAUUUACAUAUGCCGGAUUGCAUUAAUUCGAAGGUCGGCGAAGAAUAUUUUUAAACGGUUUUAUAAGAAAGCAAGUCCGCAAUCUGGCACUGCUGCCCCAAGUGUGCCCGCAGUGGAGUUGGGCGCAAGUAACAGAGCAGCCGUUAUCAGCCAGGACAGCAAGCUGUGA